CCAAGGUUUUAACAAAAAGCCCAGCAACCCGCCAACAUUCAGUCAGUCGCCAGCUCGCUUCGCGUCUUCGUGACUUCUGUCUGAGUUGAGCUCCAUUAAAAUUGUCCUUUGUUCUCCGCGUGAAAAUGCAGUCUGCUCGCUCGCCCCUUUCCGCCUUCAAGGAGAACAAGCUGACCGCUGACGUCAACAAGAUGUCGCUGGACAAAGAAAAUACGCCUCCAAGCUUGAACACGGCGCGCAUCUUGGCGUCCAAAACCGCGCGCAAAAUCUUCGUCGAGACGCCGCUCAAAGGCGUGAAGAAGAACAGUGGUGACCGAGUGGAGCCUCUGCUGAAGGACAACCCCCGUCGAUUUGUCAUUUUCCCCAUCCAGUACCACGACAUCUGGCGCAUGUACAAGAAGGCGGAGGCGUCCUUUUGGACCGCCGAGGAGGUGGAUCUGUCCAAGGACAUGCAGGACUGGGAACUUCUGAAGGAAGACGAAAAGUUUUUCAUCUCUCACGUGUUGGCCUUCUUUGCGGCAAGCGACGGCAUCGUCAACGAGAACCUGGUCGAGCGCUUCAUGCAGGAAGUUCAGGUGACGGAGGCGCGCUGCUUCUACGGCUUCCAAAUUGCCAUGGAGAACAUCCACUCGGAGAUGUACAGCCUCCUCAUUGACACCUACAUUAAAGACCCCAAAGACAGGGAAUACCUGUUCAACGCCAUCGAAACCAUGCCGUGCGUCAAGAAGAAGGCCGACUGGGCACUCAACUGGAUCGGCAACAAGAACGCCAACUACGGAGAGCGCGUGGUUGCUUUCGCUGCCGUGGAAGGCAUCUUCUUCUCCGGCUCGUUUGCCGCCAUUUUCUGGCUAAAGAAGCGCGGCCUGAUGCCCGGACUCACCUUCUCCAACGAGCUCAUCAGCAGAGACGAGGGUCUCCACUGCGACUUUGCCUGUCUGAUGUUCAAGCACCUCGUCGACAAGCCGUCCGUGGAAACGGUCACGUCCAUCAUUAAAAACGCAGUGGAGAUCGAGCAGGAAUUCCUGACGCAGGCUUUACCCGUCAAGUUGAUCGGGAUGAACUGCGAGCUAAUGAAGCGCUACAUCGAGUUUGUGGCCGACCGCCUUAUGAUGGAGCUCGGCUUCUCCAAGCUGUUCUGCGUGGAGAACCCGUUUGACUUCAUGGAGAACAUCUCCUUGGAAGGCAAGACCAACUUCUUUGAGAAGCGCGUCGGCGAGUACCAGAGGAUGGGCGUCAUGGCGGACAACACUGACAACACUUUCACGCUGGAGGCUGACUUUUAAAAGUUGCCUGUGGUCGCCAUGGAGACCCCGCACGGUCGUUUCCAUCAGCAGCUGUUCAGAGCGCACAAGACUCGUCUGUACAUUUGCUGCAAAUUUGUUUUUAAGAAUUAUUUUGUUUAUUUUAAUGAUUUGUAAAUGUGUCUUAAACACCCUAUUUGUAAGGGUGUGUUAAUAUUAAACCAGAUUUUUGUGACAA